AUGCUGCCGUACCUGUUCCCUGACCUCGCCGCUUUUGCCUCAGUCGCUGACCUCAUUACGCGCCUCCGCACUAGUGACACCCGCUACCGCGCUGUGCUUCCUACUGAGGACCACUUCCUCUCUCUUUGCCCCACCACACUCACCGUUGACCUCCUCGAGGAGCGCCUUCUUGCAGCCGAGAAGAGUAUUACCGCUGUAGGAGCCUCUCAUGGUAUCCCCCGUACCCCUUUCUUUGAGGGGUUUUCCCCUGUCCCCCUGUUGCCCUCUGUUGCCUCUACUGCUGUUGUCGACCUCGUUGGCACCGAGUCGGUCGGCUCUGCGUCUGCUCCUAGUGGGAGGCGCCGCAACAGCAAGGGCAAGGGGGGCAAGGGUGCUGAAGGAGAUGGCGGGGGCGGCGGUGAUGGCGGUGGAGGCGGUGGAGGGGGUGGGGGUGGAGGUGGGAGUGGUGGCGGGGGUGGGGGUGGAGGUGGGAGUGGUGGCGGGGGUGGGGGCUUCGGUGGCGGUAGUGGAGGUGGAGGCGGCGGCGGUAGUGGCGGUGGGGGUGGAGGCGGCGGUGGUGGCGACGGCGGUGGCGGCGGCGGUGGCGGCGGCGACGGCGGUGGGACUGGUCUUGGUGGCGCUCGGUCUGCGGGAGCUGGUCCCUGUGCCUUCGUCCUGCGUACCGGCAACCGCAUUGGUGAGACGUGCGGCGGCCCGCACGUCACCCAGCGCUGCUUCGGCCGCCUGACCGACGCCUGGCAUGCCCAGUUCCCUGACUCCUCUGAGAUCCCUCGCUGGGGUGAUCUGCUCAAGUCGGGUGUUGUUAUCUUUGAUCUUGACUUUGAUGCUAUCCUUGCUGCUAUGUAUGUUGUGUCUAUUAGUGCUGAGGGUGACUAUUACCUGUGUGUUCCGCCCAACCCGGGCAUUGGGGCUGCUGCUCUAGGCGCUAGUGAGUCUACUGCUCCAGGUGCUCGUGCGUCUGCUGCUCUAGGUGUUGGUGAGUCUGCUCUCUCAGGUACCGAGUCGGGUCAGGUCCUGCACACCUUCACCCUUGACUCGGGCGCUUCCCGCUCCUUCUUUCGCGACUGCACCACUCUCACGCCGCUCACUCGGCCAGUGGCAGUCUCCCUGGCUGACCCCUCUGGGGGUCCGGUCCUUGCUCACUCCUCCACGGUCCUGCCGUGUCCGACGGUCCCCUCUGGCUCUCUGUCGGGCCUCCACCUCCCCUCGUUCUCCACGAACUUGGUAGCUGCGUCGGGUCAGGUGUUUGCUGCAGCGUCCUGGUCUGGUCUUGAGUCUGCCCCCUGCUCGUGUCGCCUCCUGUCGCUCCAGACACUCCUCUGGCACCACCGCCUUGGUCACCCCUCCCUGCCUCGUCUUUGA